GGAACCUCAAAAAAGCAGAUGUUGACUGGGAUUGCUAGCCAAGAAAGUUCACAGCCCAGAUACGCAAGUAAAGCAAAAUACACCUCUCUUUUAGAGCAGAUGGACUUAAGAGGUGUUGUCAUUUACCCUCCAAGUCUUCUCAGGCUGUAGUGAUGUCCGAGGUUAUGGGAGAAAGGCAUGUCUAGCUGCUCCUUGGUAGCCAGAGAAGAAAGGCUGCCCUAGGAAAAGAGCCUGAAGUGUGUGAGAGAGAAAGGCAGAGAAAAAGCAGAGAAAGCUCUCUGGUCUCUGGAACACACUGAGAUUCAUUAUUUUUUGAAGAACAGCUGAAAAAUGUGAUUUUGUUGCGGGGAGGUGGGGGUGCAGCUGUAAGUCUGCAUGCUUGCCGUGCAGCUCAAAAUUACAGCCCCUAAAUAGAUGUACAUACCCAGCCUCCUAGAAGGGCUGUAGCUCCCUGCUGUAGUACAACAAGAAUAGUAAUACUUACCAUUGAGAUUGUGCUUGCUAUUUUCAGAGCUGUGCCAGUGUUGGGUAUUUCAAUGCAAAGCGGGCGGGCAAUUGUGAGCAGGAUAUGGUGAGCUUUUCAAUUUCGGGGGCGGAGGGGGGACAGUGCUGUUUUGCAUACUCCCCGGAAUAAAAGGAGAUUCAAACCUUUCUAUUCUGGCACUGGGGGCACGACAUCUUUCAGCUUUCUUCCAGAAGCGGCUCUCACAGGGGAGCCGAUUUCUUCUCGGAUCUGACCACCACAGCCCUCAGUAAUUAUAGCAGCGUCUGAAUUCUGAGCUAAAAACAGAAGUGCAGCAUGUGCCCGUUCCCCAUGUGAUUCAGAAAGCAGGAAAUUGAAAGAGCCUGACUGAGAGAGGAGAGGGAGCGCAAAGCAACAGACACAUGCAGUAUUCGUCUGGAACCUGCUCCGCCCGGGACGCAGGAGCUGUCAUCCGCCGCCGCCGAUUCUGCGUGCAGCCUCCGCCCGGCCCCAUUGGGCGCAGCGGCACCGGCGGCGGGCGGGAGCGCCGGGGCCGGACUUGGGCUCGGCGCUCCCAAAUGUAAACAGAGCGGAGCGGGAGCUGCGUGCUCCGAGGGGCCGGCUCCGGGCUGCCCCGGCUCCGGCAGGGACCGCGCUGUGUCCGGCUCCAUGAGCAGAAGCAGGCACUCCGGAGGCUCUGCUGCCUGUGGAUAUAAACAGGGGGCAAUCGGGAUGCGCUAGCUUCCCCCGCCGGCGCCGCAGCUCCUUCGCGCUCCGCGCCGCGGCUGGGACAGGGCGAUGGACAUGAACAUGAAGAAGUUCACGGUGCGCCGCUUCUUCUCCGUCUAUCUCCGCAAGAAGUCUCGGUCAAAGAGCUCCAGCCUGAGUAGAUUUGAGGAAGAAGGUAUUGUGAAGGAAAUAGACAUCAGUCAUCAUGUCAAGGAAGGUUUUGAAAAAGCAGAUCCUUCUCAGUUUGAACUGCUGAAAGUAUUAGGACAAGGCUCAUAUGGAAAGGUAUUUCUAGUCAGGAAGAUAAAAGGUUCUGAUGCCGGCCAGCUUUAUGCCAUGAAGGUACUUAAGAAGGCAACUCUAAAAGUUCGGGAUCGGGUACGAUCUAAAAUGGAGAGAGAUAUUUUGGCAGAAGUGAACCAUCCUUUCAUAGUCAAGCUUCAUUAUGCAUUUCAAACAGAGGGAAAGUUGUACCUAAUACUAGAUUUCCUGCGGGGAGGGGACCUUUUCACCAGACUCUCCAAAGAGGUGAUGUUUACAGAAGAGGAUGUCAAGUUCUACUUAGCUGAGCUGGCCUUGGCAUUAGACCAUCUCCAUGGGCUUGGGAUUAUUUACAGGGAUCUAAAACCAGAAAACAUUCUUCUUGAUGAAGAGGGUCACAUUAAGAUAACAGAUUUUGGUCUGAGCAAGGAAGCCAUCGACCACGACAAGAGAGCAUACUCGUUCUGCGGGACGAUCGAGUACAUGGCCCCCGAGGUGGUGAACCGGCGCGGGCACACGCAGAGUGCUGACUGGUGGUCCUUUGGCGUGCUCAUGUUUGAGAUGCUGACGGGAUCAUUACCCUUCCAGGGAAAAGACAGAAAGGAGACAAUGGCACUCAUUCUCAAAGCCAAGCUGGGAAUGCCACAGUUUUUGAGCAUAGAAGCCCAGAGCCUGCUGCGAGCCCUCUUCAAAAGGAACCCCUCCAACAGAUUAGGCGCUGGAUUUGAUGGAGUGGAAGAAAUUAAGCGUCACCCUUUCUUUGUUACUAUAGACUGGAAUAAACUGUACAGAAAAGAAAUCAAGCCGCCUUUCAAGCCCGCGGUGGGGCGGCCAGAGGACACUUUUCAUUUUGACCCAGAGUUCACAUCUCGGACCCCUACAGAUUCCCCCGGUGUUCCUCCAAGUGCCAAUGCUCAUCAUCUUUUCAGAGGGUUCAGCUUUGUUGCCUCCAACUUGGUGCAGGAGCCUGCACAGCAAGAUGUGCACAAGAUCACUGUUCACCCAAUUGUGCAGCAGUUACAUGGGAACAACAUUCACUUUACUGAUGGAUACGAGAUCAAGGAGGACAUAGGAAUUGGCUCCUAUUCCGUGUGCAAGAGAUGUGUUCAUAAAGCUACAGAAACAGAGUUUGCAGUGAAGAUAAUUGAUAAGAGCAAGAGAGACCCUUCUGAAGAAAUUGAGAUACUCUUGCGAUAUGGACAGCAUCCAAACAUCAUUACUCUUAAAGAUGUCUAUGAUGACGGGAAGUUCGUGUACCUGGUGAUGGAGCUGAUGCGGGGCGGCGAGCUGCUGGACCGCAUCCUUCGGCAGAAGUGCUUCUCAGAGCGGGAGGCCAGCGCUGUGCUGUGCACCAUCACCAGGACUGUGGACUACCUGCACUCUCAGGGGGUCGUGCACCGAGAUCUCAAGCCAAGUAAUAUCCUCUACAUGGAUGAGUCAGGAAACCCAGACUCUAUCAGGAUCUGUGACUUUGGCUUUGCCAAGCAGCUGAGAGCGGAGAACGGGCUGCUCAUGACUCCCUGCUACACAGCCAACUUUGUUGCUCCUGAGGUCCUCAAACGGCAAGGUUAUGAUGCAGCCUGUGACAUUUGGAGCUUGGGGAUCCUGCUGUACACCAUGCUGGCAGGGUUUACUCCUUUUGCAAAUGGACCAGAUGACACCCCAGAGGAGAUUCUGGCCAGGAUUGGCAGUGGCAAAUAUGCUCUUACAGGAGGAAACUGGGAUUCAGUAUCUGAUACUGCAAAGGACAUUGUGUCUAAGAUGCUUCAUGUAGACCCUCAUCAGCGCCUGACAGCAGUCCAGGUCCUGAGACAUCCAUGGAUAGUGAACAGGGAGUACCUGUCUCAAAACCAACUCAGCAGACAGGAUGUUCACCUGGUUAAGGGUGCAAUGGCAGCCACUUACUUCGCUUUAAACCGUGCACCUCAGGCACCAAGGCUGGAGCCCGUGUUGUCCUCCAACCUGGCUCAGCGACGAGGCAUGAAAAGACUGACCUCUACCAGAUUGUAGCAGUACCCCCAAAAGGCCUCCUUGAAAUCCCUCAGUUUAUUAUUUGAGAAAUUCAUCUUUACUUGGCUAGCAGAACCUUUCUGGACAGCCUGCACAUGAAAUUGCCAGAACUAGCAGAAGCCCCCGUAAGGCAAAGUUCUCAUUUGCUACAUCUUUUCUUUUACAUUCCAGCCAGGGUCCCGAGUUCAACAACUUCACAAAGAUGUGCCAGUUUUGCCAGUAGCUCUGUUUCUUUAUAAAGAUAAAGCCAAAUAAAAUAGGCAAGCUCCAUCCUUUCCACCCUAGGAAAACUAUUUUUGAGUCUGUAAGAUGUUCCAUGGGAACAGUUUUCAUUUUGUUUCUCAAGAAAAGCACUUUUUGCUAUGAAGAAUGGAGUCGGGUUAGGAUGCUGCUCCAGCAUGCAUCAUGAUGAAGUGACUUGGCACAAGUAGACAUCUGCUGAUCUCUACUCACCCCAGGAAGAGUGAAAGCUCCAGAGACACAUGAGUAAUACCUUAUUUGAAACAAGUGCUUAACAACAUGACGUAGAGAGAGCUGGUGGUGAUGGAAAUACCUUCUGGUCUUGAGGAAUCUUUUGCACUUUGCCCCUGCCUUCUGUGGAAUGAAGCUAGCACCUCUCAAGGAGAGUGUGCCACCAGCUCUGACUUGCUUAAAAGUCUCAGAGAGCAAAAACCUCUGAGAAGCUCGGUCUUCUGAAGGAAAGAAUGGGUCUUAUGAGACUGUGGAGAGGCAUUCAUGCAGAGCAGUGUGAGUAGGAGCCUGUGGAUCAGGCAGGAGAAAGGUGUCUGGUCUUGGCCAGCAAGUAGGUCUGGAAGGAUCAGGUGAAGGGGCUGGGGAACCAAACAAAGGCAGGGAAGGAUGUGAGUGGCUUUGAGGACAGUAAGCAAAAUAAUGCAAAGGCAACUGGCAUACAAGUGGCUGGGAGCAGACUGUGACUCCCUCUCAGAGCAGGGGCAGUCCCCCUUCAGUGACUGGUGCACAAGACACUGGGUGGCUGGGCUGCCCAGGGGCCACGAGGGUCGAUGCAGCCAUCCAUCCUCCCAACCAUCACCCAGUCUGCUCACUGAGAGCCGUUCUGGCAGCCCAGAGGGCCACGCUGGAGCAAGAGAGGCCACUUCCAGUCACUGUUCCCUGCCCUCCCUGGCUGAUCACCCAAAUCUGCCUCCAUCACCCAUGUCCCUGCCUGGGUGUUCUGCUCUAGCAGAGCUAAACUCCCCAUGCCAUGUGUGUGCAGAGAGUACCCACUUCUGAAGAGUUCAGCCAACUCUGUUACAAGCUUUAAUAAUAAUAAAUUAUGAGAAGAAAUGGGAGGAUGCUCUGCUUUUAUAUUUAUAUGAAUAUGUACAUGUGUAUUUAUAUACAUAUAAAACAAAAAUUCUGUGCCCUAAUACCUGGAUUUUCCAGGUCCAGGGAAAGGAAACUUUUGUUGAAAUGGUCUCUGCAAAAUGGACUUUUUUCUCAUUCCCUGGUUUCAAAGAAAGCAAGCAAGGUUUGUGGUGCCAGAUGUGAACUAUUUUUUUAUUCCUUUUCUUACCCAUCUUGGCUUAUUGGUGGUCACAAGCUGACCAAGAUUCUUCUUUGUACUGCUUUUGUUAAUUUUUAUUUUCCGAGUGAAUUUUGUCACCUCAGAUGCUUGGUGGGAAAAGCUACUGUGCUGUGUUGGCUUUUUUCUGUUGUGACAGGGGAGGAAAAAAAAAAAGAAAAAUGUGAACAUGGAGCUUCAUAUGCUAGACAUGGUAAUUUUUGCUUGCUGGGUAGUUUGUGCAUCUCGGUGCUGAACUGGAAUUACCAGAUCACUGCCUCAGAUUGUCCAAGGGGUUAUUUGUAAUAGUAAUAUUCUUCCUAAAACUAUCUCUGCUUCAAUGUUGACUGAAGUUUGUUUGUUUGCAUUAGUCUAUUUUUAAAUUUAAAUUUAUUCUUAAUAAUUUAAACUGAUAUUUAAUGUUCAAGUUUAUGUGCUGUGCACAGAGGAUCGCUGCAAAGCAGCUCUCCUUGAAGCCCUUCUCUUUUCUAAAAUAAACAAUGCUGUGAAACUUCACACAGAGGCUGAGUUGGCUGGGACUGACGAGUGCAAACACACGGGUGGGUGUCUGUGCUUGUGUACACAGCAGCCCACAUUCUCUCCUCUGGCUAAUCUGUGCUCAGUGUCAGCUUUUUGCUGCCUUAAGAAUGUUCUGCUGGUUAGAAGUUAAGUCUCACUCAUUUCUGCUAACAACACACCAUGAGGAUAUCCACUGGCAGGGAUGUCCUGGCUGGUGCAGAACAGCUCUGGCCAGGCCUUGCUUCCCUUGAAGUGACUUCUGUCCUGGAAGAAGGCAAGGUGGGCAUAGGGAUGCAAAGGGCAACCUGGAGGGAGGGCUGGAUUUUCUGGGGUCCCAGCUGGUAUGUGCUGUUUCAACAAAACAUAUUUUUAGUGGUCGGAGUAAUUGUAUUGUAUUGUAUUGUGUUGUAUAUGGGCAGAAAGACUGUUGGAAAUGUUAUGAACAGUUUUUGUCUCCCUCUGAGAUUCCCUGGUCAUCUUACAUUGCUUCAGUUUGCUUUCUCUCACAACCACUGGAAAAAGUCUAAUUCCUUCUAUACAUACCCAGUCUUAAUUCCUUGAGGGUUUUUUUUAAACUGAAUAGUACUGUCAGCCAAGCUUACAGGAUGCUGUUCUUCCCAAAUUUUAAGGGUUUUAAUCUCUUCCUGACUUUCCUCUUUCUAACCCAUCAACUAUUAACAUAGAGACACUUGUGCACUUACACAUCUUAAUGCUCAUUAAUUACUUUAUAAGCCUAUGAAUAAUUAUUAGCCCAUACCUAUAGUGAGCUUUGUUUUUUAAGGUUUUGUUGCCAGUGCAUCCACAUGUGUGCAUCUGUGUGUCUGUAUGUAAACACAUGCACAAAAAGGUGCUGUCCCAGCUUGUUCAAAUAAAUAGAAGUGUAGUCAGAGGUGGAGGUAAUACUCAGAGGGUUUUGUCUGCAGUGUUCUUUGGAAUCUGUCAUUGAUAAUGGUAAUGAUUACUCUGGGUGUAGAAAAAAAGGCUGUGCCCAUCCAUGGAAGAAACUUAUCCAUCCAGGCCCCCCCCCAUCCCAGAUGUGCAUCCCCGUGCACUUCCAAGGGCAGAUCAGUCUCCCCUCUGCAGUCCUGCCAUGGGAGGUGAUUUUCUGAGGGUUUUGUGACCUUUUCCAGUCAAGUGAACCCAAUUAAACCUUUUCCGCUGUCAGUCUUGCUGAUCCAGCUCACUUGGACUGAAAUACAAGAGCCUCCAUCAGUAAAUCCAAGGGAGGCAGAAAGGGAGGAAUAUGCUGCUGGCAGUCAUUAUUUCAGACUGAUAGCGCCCACUGGUUCCCCUGGCCCAGCCGGAACCAGGAGAGGAUGCUAGGCUGUGGCCUAAUUACUGCAAUGGCUGCUUUUACACCAGCACCUCCUUUCUAGACUCCUGGCCAUGGUGUAGCUCAGCAAUAAGCACUUUUUUCUUUUUUCUUUUUUCUUUUUUCUUUUUUCUUUUUUCUUUUUUCUUUUUUCUUUUUUCUUUUUUCUUUUUUCUUUUUUUCUAAGAGAAAAUUGAAAAAGGCUUAGCCUCUUUCUUUCGCUCUCUCUCUUUAUAUAACCUUAAGAGACAUUUACUUAAUGUUAUGUAUAACUCCUGAAAGUCUAAAAAUCUCUUUGAAUUAGAGCAUACCAUCUUGCAAGCUUUUAGUCUAUAAAGUGACCUAGUGCCUUAGACUAUUACAAAUAUUAUAGUUACGUUUUUAACCAUCAAGCUGCACAAUGCAAUGAGUGUCCAAGGCAUACCCCGGGGUACCUGUCACAGACAUAGUCAUCUCAUCUGGAGCCCCACUUCAAAAUCAGUCACAGAAUGGUCUGGGUUGGAAGGGACCUCUAGUGUCCAUCUAGUCCAACCAUCCUGCUAAAGAAGGUUCACUUGGAGCAAGUUGCACAGGACCAUAUCCAUGCAGGUUUUGUUGUUCAGUCCAGGAGAGAAGUGUCUGCCCAGCAAGGAGGAGGCAUAUCCCCACAUUUUGAAGAGCUGGACCCCACCUCUACAGCUUCAGGACUCUGAAGAAGCCAAAUGAAUAUCCCAUGAUAUUCUUCAUCCCUGAUGAAGAAUAUCAUGGGAAGCAUUACGCCAGUUCCUACACAGCACCACAGCUUGUCUGUAUUGCAGGAGUGUGGAGAUGCUGCUCAAAGGGAGAUCUGACCUCUGCCCCAGCCCCUCAUGAAUUUUCAUUUAUUUAAAAUCUGUUUAACAUUAUCUAAGCAAGUUUUAACAGCAGAUACCAUUUAUAAAGCCUGACUGUUUCAGCAAAUGACAGGUGACACUCACAGACAUGUUGUUCUAAAUCUCUACAUUUGAAAAAGAAGCCUACCUGAGAAUAGAUUUUGUUUCCUCAUGAAAAAAAUCUUCUUCAAAUCCGUGAGAGCCCAGGGUGCUGGGGAUAGCCCAAGCACAGAGAGCUGGGUGAAGCACAUCAUGUGUGACACGAUGCCAUGAGAUCACAUGUCAUGUACCUCUUACAAGGUGCAGAUUGUGUGUUCCUGUACUUCAUCUAACCCUGGAUGUAAUACUGGGCUCUCUUUUCAGCCAGACCCUUUCAGCUCUCUCCAACAACUUGUACCCAGCCCUGGUACCUCUGAAUACAUCCAAACCUCAGUCAAGUGUGCAAUUGCUGUGUGUCUGUGAUAGAAAUUAUGACAGGGCUUGGCUCAUCCCCUGAGCCAUGGAUGGCACAAAGGUUUCUUACGCUGCUGCUCUACUGAACUUACACCAGCAAGUGCUGGCACUAAAAAUGGCAGGCAGUCACUUUCUCUUACUUCAGCUGUUCAUCUGCCGUUUCACACCUCCCUUAGCCAGGUCACCACGGGGCAGAGCAAAUGUUUGUGCGUCAGAACAAAUGGCUGGGGACAGCAGGAAGGCAACAGAACUAGUUUAGCCAACAGUGCUGUCAGCACAUUGGAAUGGCUGCAAGUUCAGUGUCACCUCUGUCCCCCUGUUGCUGCGUUCUGCUGAGCUGAGCCCAGGUGUGGCUCAGAGUCAGGGCUAUAAAUGAUGUGAUGCUUGUAUAGCAGCAGGUUCCCAGUGCCAAGCCUGGUGCACAGAGAGGGAGAACAAGUCCAGGCUUCUGAAAACUGGCCACAAGUUCAUACAAACUCCCUGUAACCAGAAGGUGUAGGGCCACAGAUGACAUCUCAUGGGGAAGUAAUGUUGAUUGCUUGUAUUUUUGUCACUACCUUAAUAAAAGUGAUAGAAAAACCCCAGGGUUUGUUUUUAAAUCAUCCAUUUUUGCAGAGGAAAUUCUUGCUUUUUGGACAUGCUACAGCUUUCUCAAUCCCUAGAAGGAGUAAGGCAGUCAAACACAGAAGAUACAGCAGAUUACUAUAGCAGAAAAUAUAUUGUAGCUUUCACUGGAAAAAUAUUUUUAUGCAGGUGUUUUGAAGCCCUGUCUUAGGAUGUGUGUAUCAGAAAUGCCAAAGUAAAUAUUUAGGAGCAAAGUUCCCUUGUUGAACAUCCAGAGAUGAAACCUUUAAGCAAGAGCCACGUGAGCUCCACAUUCACAUAUCUGAAUCCUAAAAGGCAAGCAGCACAACCCUUCAGAUAUUCCUUACAUUAAAAUAGAAAGGCCUAAAAUAAUGUCAAUAAGAUGCUUUAGAAUAAUACAUUAAAAAAGAAAGAAAAAGUAAAAUUGCAAGCCCAUUUUUCUUUUCCUCUUUUGAAGUAUACAUAAUUUUCCUUUAGGAGUGUAUAUUCUUACCUCCUAGCUGACCCUGAUCCAGAAACCUUGUGUUGCCUGAAAACACUGCAGCUAAGCUGCUUUGAGUACCUCAGGUCCUGUGUGAACACAGUCCCACACUCCUUUCUCUGUCCACAGCAGGCACACACAAUUGUACACCCUCUCCUAUUCUGAAAGUUGGCAAAACCAUGAGAAUUUAAACUCAGAAUAUAAAAUGAAGUUAAAAGAAAGGUAGUCAGUGUGAACAGAACUAAAACUCAUAGUAUUCAGGAGAAGGAUGGAUUGAAGCCUGUGCAGAACAAAAAUGUUGCAGAGUAAAGUUACAGUAAUUCUUACAGCCAAAUUUUAUUUAAACUCUCUUCAUAGAUUUUUGUGAACCUAGACCUUGCAUUUCCAAGUGCAACUGGGAGACAACACGUGUGUCAGCCGGCAUCUGAUCAUGCAUGUCAUCACAAGGCUUGCACAUGAACAUAUUUUGCAGCCCAAAGUUUAAAAUCUAAAAUUAAGAUUUUGGCCCUUUUUGUCAUCCUGUAUAAUGUAAACUAUGAUGUUCAGUGUUGAACUGUUCAACCACUACUUCUUGCUUUAGUAUUCAUUGUUACAGAGUUAACUUGUGCUUGGACAUAUUUUUCAGAGAUGCUUUAGCCUGAAGGGAAAUGAGGAAAAUGCAUGCCCUCUUCGAUGAUGGUGAAUUUUGAAAGGAGAGGCUUCAUUCACUUGAAGUGCAGAAAAUGAAAAACAGUUGCUAAAAGAUUGUUUCUGAUUUGCUACUCAGAGCCAAAUCUUGCUGCCUUCAUUAGUGUGUCAAUUCUUUAAUCCACAUGCACCUUCAGUGACUCUGGUGGGAGAGCUCAGAGUCAAGUCCUCUUUCCUGUUGCAGUAGUGGUGUCUGGCCAUUAGGUGAUGAUGUAUGUAAGGAAUUUACUUGGGUAGUACUAAAUUGACAAAAUAUGAACCAUGAUCUAGCACUUUGUUUACAGGCUCCAUAUUCAUGUUUACAAAAUGAUGAUUUCUGAGGCUCAUGCUUUUUAUGUUUCCUGUAUGAAAAGGGUAGCCAGUGUACAGAUAUUUGUUAUGUUUACCAGCGUUUCUGAAUAGAUUUUUUUUAUAGUACAUGGUUUUAUGAAGUGUAAUAUUUUUAUAGCAGAAUGACGAUCUUUGGACUUUCUAUAUUGUUACCUACAAUUGUUUGCAAACAAGCUCUUUGCUCCUUUUUUUCUGUGCACUGUAUCCCAUGUUGCUGCUGCUAAUGUUGCUGGCCUCAGCUGCUGCUGCCCCACCAUGACGUGGGCUGAUGGUAUUGUGAAACUGUGCAAACUAACUUCAAAGAGCUGUGAUUGUGCUGAAGGGCUGGCUGCAUGCUGGGCUCCUCCUGGCAGGAGGGAUGGGGAGCUGAACCCUACCAAGGCAAGAGUUUACUGUGGAUGGUCCCCAAGGAGAAGCCUCAGUGCUCACCUUUGUCUGUAUUCUGCCAUUUUGGUUUGGCAUGCCCAUCCUUUCCUUUCUUUAUAAAGAAAUAAAAAGAGAAACCAAAAGGA